AUGGUUGCGACUCUCUUUGUUCGCCAGUUAAUGUCGGCGUUGGUGCGCACGACGGCAUCUGCAGAUGCAAGAACCAACAACAAGCCCAGGACGAGAACAACCGCAGCAGCAGUUGCACGCGCCGAGCAAGCUGCUCUACUCAACGGGCAGACUGCGGCGCCUGCCAUCGUCAAUUGGACUCGAUGCCUCUCCGGCCACUCAGCGCUCCAGCCGAGUGCUCGACACUCGCCGGAUACGGAUACGGAACCAAAGCAAGCACCACCUCCUCCGUCAUUGUCACCGCACCACCACACCGCUCAGGGCCAUCCAUGUAAGUCGACGACGCCGCCCGGCCCAACAACAACAACAACAACAGCAACAGCAACAGCAACAAGCAAGCAUGCUCGAACUCUUUCAUCGUCCACCCUACAAACAACACAAACACCAUCCGCCGCCCUUCAAAACCGCCAACUCCCGCCUCCGUCUCCCUCCCCUUCCACCGCCGCCGGCACGUAUAUCCAAGACCCUUCACUUGGUAUUCUGCUGCCCAGCACCAUCACCCCCACUGCCACCCCUUCCAACACACCAUCCAGCGCAUCUACAUCGACUGCCGUCAUUGUCACCAUUGUCCUGGGCACAAUUGCCGGCGUCGUAGCAGUCAGUCUGGUCGUCAUUCUCAUCAACAUGCAGCUCCGCCGGCGAAGAAGAAGAAGAAGAGGCCAGCCUUCUUCCCCCAUGGAGAGCGACAAAAAGGGCCUCAGUGUGAAUGCCAGUUCAACCGUGUUAAACUCGCCGGGUCUCGCGUCGCCGUUUCCCAAAGUGGCAGCCUCGUCGCCGCCAAUGGCCCCGGGAAACGAAAUCCCAGCCAGAGGCGGAAACGACGUUGGGCUAGACGAGCUGAGGCCCCCUCCGAGACUUGGCGAGAGAAAGUUCCAUCAGAUAACGAGGAGCGAGGGCUCCAUCGACGUCAGGCCGUCGCGAAACUCGCAUCACACGCGCUGGGGAAAACCCUCGAGCCUGGGAAACAUACCCUCUGUCAAAGACAUGCCGUCCUAUCAUGUGGACGAUGCGCAAACGCACGGCCAUGCACCACCUCCAGACUUGCGAGCGCCGGGCCGCAAUCAUCAGUACAACCUCUUUCCUGCGAGGACAGCACCACCGCCAAUCAAGACUCAUAAGCCAGCCGCAUCAACAUCCACCACGUCUACCCUCCAAGGGACCGGGGCGACUCCACCGCGGACCCCAAAGAGCGGCAUCCCCAGCCCGGUCAACGGCCUCGUGUCGCCGGGGCCCCCGCCAACGCGGGCGCUCCCCUCUCCGCCCUUCAAGUACUGGCAGGUCAACCCGCUGUCGCCACCGUUGGACUCGCAAGUGGACCACGUUCGUCCAGAGGAGAUUGGGGUAGCCAUUGGGUCGCCCACGACGGAGGAGAGGAGGGAGAAGAGGCCGCGCUUGGAUGAGAAGGACAUGGAGAGACUGGGCGGCACGUACUCGCCUUUUAGGAGGUGA